CUUGUUGUGUUGUGUUGUGCAGGCUGGACCCCAGGACCCGGACCCGGACGCGGACGCGGAGCUGCCAGCUGGACUCUUUAUUAUUCGCCGUAAGAACCGAGAGAAAGCAGCGGGUUGAAGCGGUUCGUGUUGCCCGCCUUGCGGCCGCCGAGGGGCCGCUGUGUGAUGAACGAGCCGACGGGCUGAAGUCUUCGGAAAGAAACACAAGCAGCUGUCAGCGCACAGCCAUGGAUGCAGAGAACGGAGAGCUGUUCGCCGCCGGCGUGGCGGCAGACGGCUGGCAGCUCGACGCUCCCUUCUCCUGCUCCGACCUCGUGUUCAGCGGCUCGGCAAAACCCCUGCAGGACUGGGCGGUGGACCCCGACUGUACGCUGAACGACAGCGAAUCGGAGGACGUCCUUCACGGCGUGGACCCAAACGAGGUGUUCCCCAGCGGGCUGCCUGCAGACUGCUCGUCCGAGAGCGACAGCGGCAUCUCGGAGGACCCCGUCGCCGAGAGUCCCUUCGCCGCGGUGACCUCGGCCACCCCGCAGCCGGCCACCGUGUACCAGGUGGUCUAUGACAUCAGCGGCCUCGGCGGCGUGAAGACGGAACCGGGACUGGAGAACGUCAUCUCCAUAGAGCUCGAUGCGUGGAGCUCCCAGAUGUUGUUUCCAGACUCGUGCGUCGUGAACGAGCUUCCCGUGGCGCCUGCUGCUCGCCUCGACGGCUGUCCGACCGCCAACGAUCCUCUCGGCCACGACGUUCACCUGCCUCCGGCGCGGCCCGUCUCCAUUAUGAACGCCAGCCUCCGGCGCCGCCAGCCUCCAUCCGCCGCCCAGCCUCCGGCCGCCGCCCAUCGCCGCCAGCCGACCCGCCCGGGCCCGAUGCCUCCGAUGCCCGUCGUCCGCGACGCCCGGAGCCGCGCCAGUCGCACCCGGCGAAGCGCGAAGCUGCGCCGAUCUUGGGACUCAAGCGUUGAGUAG